AUGUCAAUUAUGAAUUCGGAAACAGGUCAACAAAAUGAAAGUCAAUCAGUCCAAACGGACGCCUCGACAUCCAAUGCAAGCACAUCGACAGCCAAAAAGUCGGGGGGAAAAUUUCAAAAAUUAAAAAAACUCUGCUUUUGUUGUAAUUCGCCGAAAAAGAAAAAGUCCAAGGUAACCAAAACACCUAAAAAGUCAAAGUCUAAGAGCGUCAAGAAAAAAAGAGGAUCAACAACGACAUUAAAAACUGAGGAGAAAAAGAAAUCAAGCCCUAAACAAAAAACUGAAAAACCAAAGAAAAGUCGAAAAAAACGCAGUAAAGAGAAGGAAACAAAAAAAAAGAAUGAACAGGAAAUUCGCAUAAAACCCAAACAAGAGGAACUGAGAAUUUCGAUAAAAUUAGAAGGAAAAGAAGAUGAAAAAUGGCAAAAAUCGGAAACAGAUAAAAAAGUAAUAAUUGACGAGGAGGAGAAUACGACAAAAAUAAAAGGAAAAGAAGAAGAUGAUGAAAUGGAAAUAGAACAAAUAGAGAGGGAACAAUUAAAAAGAGAAAGGAAGAAAAUGGAAAAAGAGAGAAAACAAUUGGAGGAAGAAGAAAUGGAGACAGAAAGAGAAAAAAUGGACGAAGAAGAAAGAGAAAAGAAGAGAAGGAAAAGCAGCGAGAGGAGAAGAAUAGAAAAUGAAGCAAUGCUAAGAGAAAGGGAAGGAAUAAAAGAAGAAAGGGAAAAAGAAAAAGAAAUAGAAGAAGAAGAAGAAGAAGAAGAAGAAGAAAGAGAAAAUAAGAGAAGACAAAGUAAUGAAAGAAGAAGAAUAGAUAGCGAAGAAAAAAGACGAGAAAGUACAGAAAGAAAAAGGAUAGAAAACGAAAAAAUGAAAACAGAGAGGGAAAGAACAGAAGAAGCAGAAGAAAGAGAAAAAAAGAGAAGACAAAGCAGUGAAAGGAGAAGAAUAGAAAACGAAGAAAUAAGAAGAGAAAGGGAAAGAAUGGAAGAAGAAGAAAGAGAAAAGAGAAGGCAAAGUAGCGAAAGGAGGGGAAGAGAAGAAAUUCAAAAAGAAAGGGAAAGAAUAGAAGAAGAUGAAAGAGAAAAGAGAAGACAAAGUAGCGAAAGGAGGGGAAGAGAAGAAAUAAAAAGAGAAAGGGAAAGAAUGGAAGAAGAAGAAAGAGAAAAGAGAAGGCAAAGUAGCGAAAGGAGGGGAAGAGAAGAAAUUCAAAAAGAAAGGGAAAGAAUAGAAGAAGAUGAAAGAGAAAAGAGAAGACAAAAAGAAGAAGAAAGAGAAAAGAGAAGACAAAGUAGUGAAAGGAGGGGAAGAGAAGAAAUUCAAAAAGAAAGGGAUAGAAUGAAAGAAGAAAUGGAAAGAGAAAUCAUUGAAAGGCAAAAAAUAGAAAAUGAAGAGAGAGAAAAAAGGAGAAGAGAAAGCAUUGAAAAGAAAGGAAUAGAAAAAGAAGAGAUGCAAAAAGAAAAAGAAAGAAUUAAAGAAGAACAAAGAGAAAUCAUCGAAAGGAAACAAACAGAAGAAGAACAAAGAGAAAAAAGGAGAAGAGAAAGCACUGAAAGGAAAACAAUAGAAAAAGAAGAAAUGCAG